CCUAAAAAAGGUAACAAACUUUGUAUCCUUCCAUUUGUCUUGUUCCUUAUAUCACAAAGUUCCAGAAGCCAAAACCAGCAUGAUGUCACCAUGUGCCAUCCUUACCAAUGCUUUCGAUUGGGAGAGAAAAACAGAAAAGAUAAGAAAUGGAAGCUUGGUUGGUUUUCUCAAGAACAUCUUAUUGUCUGUAUUAUGGUCACAAUGCUUAAUAGAGGUCAACUAGUGAACAUAAGCGUGGCGUGGUCACAAAGAUACCAUAUGCUUUUGUCCCGCUUCAUUGAUUUGUACAGCUAUGUCUCAUAGUGUGAAGACUCCAAAUACUGUUUCUUCAGACAUGAACCCCAUCUAUAAAAAGCAGAUAGGGUAAACCACAUUUCUUCACCUUCAACCACCACCUGCACAAUCAUCCAAAGAAAGGAAGUUCGAAGCUUCUUCAGCACAAUGAUGAGUUCGCGGUCAUGGCUUCUUAUGUUCAUAAUUGCUGCAACUCUCACCACAAUUUGCAGAAAAGUUGAGUCAGCAUAUGAAGCUGAUAAGAUUGUGAAGCUGCCAGGGCAGCCAGAGGUUAGUUUCCAGCAGUAUGCAGGGUACGUGACUGUUGAUCAAACCCAGCAGAGGGAACUUUUCUACUACUUCGUCGAAGCUGCAACCAACUCCAGUUCCAAGCCUCUUGUUCUCUGGCUCAAUGGAGGACCUGGGUGCUCUUCAGUUGGAGCUGGAGCUUUCUCUGAACACGGCCCUUUCCAGCCAAAUGCAGCAGGGCUUCUGGUCCACAAUGACUACAGUUGGAACAAAGAAGCAAAUAUGCUGUACUUGGAAUCCCCAGCAGGAGUUGGCUUCUCGUAUUCUGCCAACACCUCUUUCUAUAACUUGGUUAAUGACUCCAUAACAGCUAAAGACAGCUUGGCCUUCCUACAACGAUGGCUACUCAAGUUUCCUGAAUACAAAACCAGAGAUCUUUUCAUCACUGGAGAAAGCUAUGCUGGACACUACGUCCCGCAGCUAGCCCAGCUAAUUGUAGAGUCGGGAUCAAAUAUCAGCUUGAAAGGCAUUGCUAUAGGGAACCCAUUGUUGGAGUUCGACACAGAUUUCAAUGGGGAAGGAAGUUACUACUGGUCUCACAGCUUGAUAUCGGACCACACCUAUCAGCUUGUGAAUACAAUGUGCAACUUCUCCCAACUCAGGAGAGAAAGCUUGUUGCCAUCGAGCAGCCUUUCCGACCCGUGUGAGUUCGUUGCAACUCAGAUUAAGGCAGAAUUGCCCCACAGAAACUUCAACGACUACGAUGUCACUUCUGAUGUCUGUUUGUCAGAUGGUGAAUCACGAUUUGGUUCCCAGGAACAACACUCUUCAUUAGCUUCACGUUUCCAUCCAGUUUCGUCCCUUAGGUCCAAGCAAACUGGUUUCAGAAAGCAGGAAGCUGGUGGGAAGUCAAUUGACCUUUGUGUACAAGAUGAGACAUUCACGUAUUUGAACAGGAAAGAUGUCCAAGAAGCUAUGCAUGCCAAGCUUGUUGGCGUCAUUAGUUGGAGUUUCUGCAGCUUUGUGGUGAAUUAUGACAACAACAAUUUGGAGAUUCCAACGAUUGGUGUGGUGGGCUCAUUGGCGGGAUCGGGAGUUCGAGCACUAGUGUACAGUGGGGAUCAAGAUUCAGUUCUCCCAUUCAUCGGGACAAGGAUUCUGGUGAAUCGUUUGGCAAAAGAGAUGGGGUUGAAUACAACCGUGCCAUACAAGGCAUGGUUUGAUUUUGACAAACAGGUAGGUGGAUGGACCCAAGUUUAUGGGGAGAACAAUAAGUUGUCAUUUGCAACAAUCAGAGGAGCAUCUCACAUGGCUCCAUUCUCCUCUCCCAAGAGGUCACUCGCAUUGUUUGCAGCAUUUGUUGCUGGGAGACCAUUGGCAGCUUGAUGAUCUCUCAAACUUGGAAACACGAUAAUGUAUAAUACACUCUGAAUCUAUUCCAAACUGUAAUUUUAAAUAUUCUUGAGGCAACCAUUAUGCCUGUUUUCUACUGUUCAAUAAGUUAAUGUAACCUUGAAUAAGGAAAUCAAUUACCU